AUGGGAAAAGGAACGGAUAAGCUUUACAUCACACAUUCCGAGUGGGCAUCGGAAGAUGCCUUCUCAGCCAGCGCUGGCGCUGGCGUCAGCAAAGCAAGACGAGGCGGCGGUCACGCGCCAUUCAAGCGUCUACCCUUCAACUUCUGCUCGCUCUCCCUACAGCCAUUCGCGCAUCCAGUCUGCACGCCCGCAGGCACAAUCUUCGACCUCACCAACAUCCUCCCCUGGAUCAAGAAACACGGAACCAACCCCGUCGACGGAUCCCCGCUUAAAACAUCCGAACUGAUCAAGCUCACGCUCGCGAAAAACGAAGAGAACGAGUACGUCGACCCGGUGACGUACAAAGUGUUGACAGACAACACGCACAUCGUGGCGCUGCGUAACACAGGCAACGUAUUUGCCUGGGACACAGUCGAGCGAUUGAACAUCAAGGGCAAACUCUGGCGCGACCUCGUUACGGAUCAAGAGUUUAGCAGGAAGGAUAUCAUUACGCUGCAGGAUCCGCAAAAUGUCGAGGCGCGCAACUUGAGCACAUUCAACUAUCUCAAAGACGGCGAGACGGAUAUCCUGGACGAGCAAAAGGCAGCCGGCAGCGUCAAUGCCGGUGCCUUGGGUAGUUCGGCCAAGAUAUUGAAAGCGAAGGAAGCGGUCGCCAAGGCUCGCGCUGAACGCGCGCAGCAGCAGAGUGGCUCUGCGGCUUCGAAGGCGAUUUCCAAAACUGGAGGUACAGGCGCUAAUGCCUCUAAGUCGGCUGCGGCCCAGCCAGGGAAGGCUACGCCGUACAACGCUGCGCGUUUCACGACCGGCAAGGCUGCAGCGUCUUUUACGAGUACAGGGCUGACGCCUCACACUUCGGGUGAGUUGGCCCUUUUAUCGGAGGAGGAGUACAUGUUGAAGCGGGGCCGGAUCAAGGCCAAGGGCUAUGCGCGACUGGAUACGACUGCUGGCCAUUUAAAUGUGGAACUGUACCCGGAAUAUGCGCCCAAGGCCGUGUGGAACUUCAUCCAGCUGGCCAAGAAGGGCUAUUACAAGGAUGUUACCUUCCACCGCAAUAUCAAGGGUUUCAUGCUUCAGGGCGGCGAUCCUACUGGUACUGGACGCGGCGGAGAAAGUAUCUGGGGCAAGUACUUUGCGGACGAAUUCGAGGGACCGCUGAAGCAUGACGGACGCGGGACUUUGAGCAUGGCCAACAAGGGCAAAAACACCAACAGUAGUCAAUUUUUCUUCGCAUAUCGAGCUUUACCGCAUCUCGACCGCAAACAUACUAUCUUCGGUAGACUUAUCGACGACCCAACCCCUUCAUCCGCUACAUUGAACUCGCUCGAGACUCAUCCCGUGGAGUCAUCUACCAACCGACCGACGCCAGAAGUCCGCAUUAAAGAAGUCACCAUCUUCGUGGACCCCUUUGAAGAUUUCCUUCGCCAGAAGCGCGCCGAGGGCCAGACAGGCGCUGCUGGGACCAGUAACGCCGAACAAGAUGACGAGAGCUCUCGUCGCGUGGACGACGAUAAAGUCACCUGGACGGGUAAGCGUGUCCGCGGAUCUGGUGAGACUAGUGAAAGCGGCUCGACUGGCGUCGGCAAAUAUCUGAAAGCUGCGCUGGCGGAUCGUGGUGGAGAUGAUGACGAGAUUGUGGAGUUUGUGGACGAGGAGCCUGAGCCCGAACCUGCACGUAAGAAGGCUAAGGGGACAGGAGGGUUUGGAGAUUUCAGUUCAUGGUAA